AUGUACCGACACCUUAUUUUACUUGCUUCGGUCGCAGCGUAUGUGCAUUCUGUGCAAGUGACCGUCGAAGAAGGUACUCUUGAAGGUCAGACAUUGGAAAAUAAAUAUGGGAAACCAUAUCAUAGCUUCGAAGGGAUCCCAUAUGCUGUACCACCACUUGGAGAUUUGCGAUUUAAGCCACCUCAACCUAUACAACCAUGGAGCGGUGUGAAGCAAGCUAACCAAACAGGCUCCAUGUGCUUUCAAUACAACUUAUUCGUAGUGCCCUAUCCUCCACCAGAAGGUAGUGAGGACUGUCUGUACAUGAAUAUUUAUUCUCCAAACGUAACUACAGAUCAACCAUAUCCAGUCAUGUUUUGGAUUCACGGUGGAGGUUUCGUAAGUGGAAGUGGAGAUGAAUAUAAACCAGACUUUCUUAUCAGAAAAGACGUCGUUCUAGUCACAUUUAAUUAUAGAUUAGAAGUUUUAGGAUUCUUAAGUCUCGGUACUCAAGAUAUACCAGGUAACGCUGGAAUGAAGGAUCAAGUCGCAGCCCUGAGUGGGACUGCUAACAGCUGGUGGCCAAACACUUAUAGAGCUAGAGACCGAGCUAUUCAACUGGCCAGACAAAUGGGUUGCAAUUCCACCGAAGACACAGAAAUAUACAACUUCUUCAAACAACAAACAGUUAAAGAUUUUGUGAAAAGUAGAAUAGUUGUCACAUACACGCAAUAUGCUAAAGAAUCUCCAAAUGUUUAUUUCGGUGUAGUAUCAGAAAGGAAAUUUGGUGAUGAGGAAGUAUUUUUCCAAGGUGAUGUAUACGAUGUUUUGAGGACCGGGAUUCAUGAGGGAGUUGAGGUCAUAAAUGGAUAUGUAGAAGAUGAAGGCACACUUUAUUUCGCAACAGGCACUAACAUCCCAAGAAUAUUUGAACAAGCCAAUCAGUUCUUGGAGUUCUUCGUACCGGAACCGCUGACACUACACUGUAGUUCAGCAAGUGGAAGUUGGUAA